AUGUAUGACAAUUGCGGGAAGAAGUCGAUCUUCGGUUCUCUGAUUCCCUGUCCUUCCAACCAACGUGCCGUGAAGCCUUCUGACGAAGCCAAGGAACUUUUGGCUCAGAUAUGCGGAAGUGACUUCCUCACAAACGACGGCGUUUGCUGCUCUUAUGAUCAAUUGGUCAACUUGGAGCUGAACCUCAAGAAGGCUGAACCGUUGAUAAUUCACUUGCUCCCUGACCAAUCCACCUUUGUUGAGAUUGUCGAAACAACUGAAGCAAUCGACACCAAGAAAGAGAUUGUCUCGGAGUUGACCAUCUUUACUGAUCCGGACUAUGCAUCGGACUUUUUCGACUCUUGCAAGAAUAUCAAAUUUUCAGCAUCUAAUAGCUACGCUAUGGACCUUAUUGGUGGCGGUGCUAAAAAUUACUCACAGUUUUUGAAGUUCUUGGGGACGAGAAACCGCUUUUAG